AUGGCAGUUUUCGUGUGGCGCAAGUCAGAUGCGCAUUGUGAACAGAAAGCUGAAACGUCUGAAGAAGGAGACAUUGGAAUUUGUCACGUCAAUGACGUUGUGGAGAGGAAGAAAGAAUCACGAGCGACCACUGACACGGCCAGCGAUGCGUCUUUGUCGGUAAUCACCACUUUCAAAGGCCCGGCGGAGCUAUUCCCGGAUGAUUGCCAAAAUACAUCUGAGGAGAAUAAGAUGGCUAAGGGCAAGAUUGCUGUUAUAAUGACAGCUCUUUGCCUUGCCACUUUCCUAGCUGCCCUUGAUAUGACGAUUAUUACCACUAUCCUACCCACAAUAUCUAGGGCAUUUCGCACGUCUGAGGCAAAUUAUACGUGGGUUGGCUCGGCAUACUUGCUUGCUGCUGCCUCGGCAACGCCGAUCUGGGGAAAGGUCAGCGAUAUUUUCGGAAGAAAGCCAGUUCUAUUGGCGGCGAACGUGGUUUUCCUAAUUGGUUCACUUCUCUGCGCCAUCAGCAUUAACAUCAGAAUGCUGAUAGGGGGGCGAUGCGUCCAGGGCGUUGGAGGUGGCGGCCUUCUUGCGUUGGUUAACAUCAGUAUCGGCGAUUUAUUCAGCAUGCGGUCCCGCGGCGUAUAUUUUGGUAUAAUUGGGAUGGUAUGGGCCGUUGCAGGAGCCGUUGGACCGGUGGUUGGUGGAAUUAUGACACAAUUUGUCACUUGGCGGUGGUGUUUCUAUAUUAAUCUUCCUGUCGACGGCAUCGCCUUUGUUAUUAUAUUUUUCUUUUUUGAGGUCCACACUCCAAAGACACCGUUGUUUGCUGGGCUUAGAGCUAUAGACUGGUUAGGCUCAUUGACCAUUGUCGGAGGCACCGUCAUGUUUCUCCUUGGACUUGAAUAUGGAGGAGUUUGGCUCCCAUGGGCCUCCGUUCCCGUCGUAUGCUUGAUAGCUUUCGGCAUUGGCACCCUUGGCCUCUUCUUGCUCAUCCAAUGGAAGCUCGCAUAUUAUCCGAUCAUACCUUUAUGGCUAUUUUCUUCUCGCUCUACGGUUGCAGCAUACGGGAUGAUUUUCGCCCAAGGAUUUGUCUAUACUGGAGGGUCUUAUUUCCUUCCCCUCUAUUUUCAGGUCGUUCUUGGAGCGACUCCUCUACAGUCCGGCAUCUAUCUCUUUCCCUUUGUCAUUUCUGUCGCCUUGGUCGCUGCCAUCAGCGGAUACCUAAUCAGGAAAACUGGCCUCUUUCUUCCACCCAUAUGGGCUGGUAUGGCAACACUAGUACUCGGUGUUGGUCUCUACAUCGAUCUACCAGCGCACACGUCCUGGGCUCGUAUUAUUACGUAUCAGCUUGUUGCUGGGAUUGGCGUUGGCCCAAACUUCCAAGCACCACUGAUCGCACUGCAAAGUCAUCUGAGACCUACCGACAGCGCCACCGCAACUGCGACUGCCGGCUUUGUUCGAAAUAUGGCAAAUAGCGUUUCCGUCGUAUUGGGAGGAGUGAUUUUCCAGAAUCAAACGAGAGCUAAUAUCAGAAGCUUGGGCUCCAUUUUAUCUCCUGAGACUGCGGACAUGCUACAGGGUCGUUCUGGUAGCGCUUCGACGGAUUUUGUGAAAACUCUUCCAAACAAGGAGAAAAUACCAGUAUUGAAUGCAUAUAAUCAGAGCCUGAGAGUGAUGUGGAUAUUUUACACUUCGAUGGCAGCGAUCGGAUUGUGUGUAAGUCUGCUCAUCCGUCGGCAGAACUUGGAUAUAGAGCAUGAGAUUACCAAGACUGGAUUGGAGAUACAAGAGAGGGAAAGGCAAGAAAGAUUACGAAGAGAAAAGAUGAAGCCAAAGCGAAAGCGAACUACAGAUAAAGAAGGUCUGGAAAAUUGAUGUGGGCUGGUCACCGCGUAGUCAAAGCGCACAAGAGUCGGAGUCAGGCGUUGACAUUCGGAGAUUUUUGCAUACACGACGGAGUUGUUCGUUCACAAACCAUCUGCAUACCGAUGCGAUUUUGUAUAUAGAACAAAGGUAUCGGUCAUUGCAAAUGGUUUAAUCAUUG